GCUCUCGCUAUCGAACUCGUUAUCGUCCUUCUAGCCAACUGACAUUGAUGAAGCCAAGGCCUCGGCAAAAAUUAGCGAUCGCGCAUUAUCUCAUCGGUGCCCCGAGGGCAAACACUUUAUUAUCACGUGCAAUCGUAGCGAACAACGGAGAACGCGUGUUAUUGCACGAGCUGCGUCGGGCCACACUAGCGAAGACACUUGGCUCGGUGCAUUCGCGCGUGUCAACUUUAAUACAUUAUCCGUCGCCGUUUUUACGGAACAUAGCCGCGAGUAACUGACGCAAAAACGCGUUUUGCAAUUACGCAAAUCGCAAAAAAUAUGAAAAAUUUCACGAAGAUUCCCGAUAUAUCUUGUUUGAAUAGAAGGAAGGUGAAAUUCGCGAAUAGUUACGCGUUGUGAUUGGACGAAAAGACGUGUGACAGGAACACACCGGAGUACACCGUGACGUGACCAUAUAACAUCAGCGAUGUGAGGAAGAUAUUUGAAAGAACGGUAAAGUAUAACUGUGCAAAAGAAUAAAUCUAAUGAACUAUUAAUCAUUUUGCAUAGAUAAUUAAGAACACAUAUGCCAGGCACAGCAAGUACAGAGUUAUCGAGAUAUAUAUUGUAUCGUUCAUUUUACACGAUGCUAAGUUCAGGUUGGAUGUGUUGUAAAUUGUCGUAAGAUGAGCAGAACAAAAUAUAGAAACAUGUAAUUGAUUAAAUUAAAGAAUUUUGUUAAUUUUUUUUCUUGUAAUUGAAGUUCAAAAUUAUCAAUUGAAAUCGAAAUGAGGGAAAUUGUGCACAUACAAUUGGGACAAUGCGGUAACAAUAUUGGAAAAAAGUUUUGGGAAGUAAUUUCAGACGAGCACGGGUUGAAUCCAGUUGGCAGAUUCGUCGGGGAGUCAGAUCUUCAAUUGCAACGCAUUAACGUAUAUUUUGCAGAAAAUGCAGCUGAGAGAUACGUGCCCAGGGCUAUUCUCGUUGACCUCGACCGCAAAGGCUUGGAACCCGUGUUAUCUGGACCGUACGGCAACCUAUUUAAGCCCGACAAUGUCGUGGUCGGGACAAACGGGGCUGGCAACAAUUGGGCCAAGGGUCAUUACACCGAAGGAGCGGAGCUCGCGGACUUGACCUUGGAGCUCGUGCGAACGGAAGCCGAGAGCUGCGAUUUAAUCCAAGGUAUACAGAUCGUGCACGCUCUGGGCGGUGGCACCGGGUCAGGCAUGGGCAGUUUACUCGCUCAGAAUAUAAUCGACGAGUACCCCGACAGAGUGUUGAAAUCUUACAUCGUAAUGCCAUCGUCGAAGAAGUCGGACAUCGUAGUGGAGCCUUACAACGCGGUGUUAUCGAUUAAUCACCUGAUCGAAUGCAUCCAUCAAGUCUUCUAUAUGGAUAACGAAGCUCUCUAUUAUAUUUGCAAUAGUGUCUUGAGACUCCUCUCGCCGACUCAUGACGACAUGAAUUAUUUAAUCUCAAUCUGCAUGUCGGGCAUCACCACAUGUUUGAGAUUCCCAGGACAGUUAAAUACGGACCUCAAGAAGCUUUUGGUGAACAUGGUGCCGUUUCCACGGCUGCAUUUCUUCGUGCCUGGAUACGUGCCUUUAACAGCAGGUAGAUCAGUUCCUUACAGUCUUCUCUCGGUUCAAAAACUGACACAACAGAUGUUCAGUGUUAACAGUAUGUUUGCCGAUUGUGAUCCCAGAAAGGGACGAUUCCUCACUGCUGCCGCAAUCUUCCGAGGCAGAAUAUCUCCCAAGCACGUGGGCGAGCAAAUGUACAAUAUACAAAACAAGAACAGCAAAUAUUUUGUCGGUUGGAUUCCACACAACAUCAAAACUGCUAUAUGCGACGUACCGCCGCGUGAUGUGAGCAUGUGUGCAACUUCGUUAUCAAACACAACCGCGAUUUGUGAGCCGCUUAAAAGGCUGUCCGACCUCUUUCAGAGUUUAUUUACAAAAAGGGCAUAUCUUCAUUGGUAUAUCAAUGAAGGUAUGGAGGAGUCUGAAUUCACGGAAGCUCAUGACAAACUGUACUCCCUAAUCUCCGAAUAUCAACAGUAUCAAGAGAAUUCUAACAAAAGCGAAAAAUUCGUACAAUAGAGGCGCACAAACGACAAACUAUAUGAUAGGAAGAAGCAUGAGAGAAGAUUAUAUAAAUAUUAAAACUGAUAUUUUAAGCAUAUUAGGCCAAAAAAUAACGAAACUAUGUGAAUUGUUAAUUGUAUUAUACAUGAUUUCCUAAUAAUUUUAAGAAUACUUCCAAGUGAAAUCAAGCAUUUUUUACUACUUAGAUCGUUACUAAGAGAUGACAUGUUGUUCUAUUAGAAGGAAUAACGGGGGAAAGAAUUUAUCCUCAAAAUUUUAAUCCCUGUAAUUUGAUACUUUAUCGCUUUGAGAUUUAUGCUAAAAGUACAACGAAAGCGUGAUUUUUCAAGAAUUUUUAUUGCAAUCCAUUCCAUGCCACAUUCAUCCAAGUGACAUAUCAAGAUUCAUAUAAUUAUCACUAGUGAAGCCGAAUGUAAUAUAAGCAUAUCUGAGGUCAACGAGAGACGGAAGUCUCGCCACAUUUUAAUUAUGUACUUCAUGUUGUCAUUCGCAAUUGUUGCAAUUGCUGUCAAAUGUUCGUCUCUCUCUCUCUCUCUCUCUCUCUCUCUCUCUCUCUCUCUCUCUCUCUCUUCCUAAAUAUAUUCUUUACCAAAACACUUCAGUAUCACAAUUCGUUAGAAAGUGAUCUCGAUCGCCUAUAUUACAUUCGUCGCCUCGAU